AUGAUGUCCAAGAAAGACCCGAUAGACCACUACGGAGCUCUCGAGCUCCCGCAUAACUGCACUCAAAAGGAAAUCAGUGCUUCCUUUAAAAGACUGGCCCUUCUGCAUCAUCCUGACAAGAUAGUCGGUGAUAAGGCCAUCUCAGAUCAUUUCUGCCAGAUACAGGAAGCAAGAGAAGUUCUUCAAGACCCCGAACGCCGCCUCCUCUAUGACCAGACCUUAAGUCUGCGGUCAACCUUCAUCUCUCGGGGCUACCGCAAACGAUACAAGCCAUCUGAUAACCCGCGAAGUGAAAAUUUCGAGCAAGAAAGUUGUAUGCCUUGCGAUUCUAAAUCUCCACCGGAAGAGUACAUAUAUACCUGGGGAUCGUCUGUUCACAUGAAUCUGAACUCCGAGUGGGCACAGGCAGAAAUUGCUCGACACACAAAGGAAAUGGACGAGUGGGAGAUGAGAUUUGCGGGCACUGGCCCUGAGGUCCAGAAGGCAAACUAUGGGCAUGACAGACAGUUCAAGGAAGGCCAAGCAUCACCAGAAGGGGAUGCAAUAGUCAACGAAGAUAGUUGUGAGGAUGGCCUCCCAGGACCGAGCUCGGAGAAACGGACUCCAGAAGCUAAUGAAGAUGGGAGUGAGCAUGGUCAUAUUGAUCCCGAAGUACAAAAGUCAAUUGAGAAGCUUUAUGCAUACGGCAUGAAAGGUGGAGUCCCUUCAGAUGAUGAAGGGUGUCUGACUGAAGGAGCAUCUGAAGAUGCAUCGAAUGCUUGGCUGGGAAAUGAUCACAAUGGAAAUUGUCUUUGGAAGUUGAAAUACAACGACUACUUCAAUGAUGCUGAAAGCAAGGCAGGUUCGGAUUUUUUCUCGGCGACUGGCCAUGCAAGCCCCCUCAUUGAUCUAAGUGAUGAUGAUCAGGGGUAUGAAGCAAUUCUCAAUUCAUCUAACUACAACAAAGCCAAGCCCCUGUAUGAUUUCAAGCCUGCCACUCUCAAGGAGGGGCUCAACAAGGCUACCGAGGUGCCUGGUAUCAUUGCAGCCAAUGAGCGAGAUAAUGCGGACUCAGCAAACGGCAGCAUUGGGUGCUUCAUAGAUCUGAGUGGCGAUGAGCAGGACUAUGAAGCCAACCACAACUUAUUCAAGGGGAACAAAGUCGAGCCCCCCAACAAUUCCAAAAAGAGUCCCCACGAGGCCACCAAACCGCUUGCUACUGAUUCAAUUCACAAGCAGGUGGGAACAGCUUCAACAACUGGCAGCAUUGGCUGCUUGGUAGAUUCCAGUGAUGGUGAGCAAGACUUUGAAGCUUUCUCCAACUCUUCUAAGAGAGAAGCCGGUGUCGCGGGCUGA